AGUGUAGUUCAAGACGCAAUCGCACACUUAAACCAGAUGCCAGCAACAUCACAUAUCAUCUGGCACAAAAUCAAUUAACCCUCGUUUUUUUCCUUCUUCUUCUUGAAUUCAACAUCACCGUCAAUUUUUUUUAUGAAGAAUGGGCUGCGCAAUAUCAGGUCUGACAGGAAAAGCAGAGUUUGGAGAGAGGAACACGGAGGAUGCUGCUGCUGCUGCUGCGUAUCCCAGCGAGGAUCAGAUUCAGAUGAUCAAGGAGUCAUGGAAAGUUAUCCGGGACGAUAUAGCCAAAGUUGGGAUUAUUAUGUUCGUCAGGUUGUUUGAGACCCAUCCCGAAUGCAAGGAUGUCUUCUUCCUUUUCCGAGACGUUGAAGACCUGGAGAGGUUGCGGACCAGCCGGGAGCUCAGGGCACACGGCCUACGGGUGAUGUCUUUUAUUGAGAAAAGCGUGGCCAGACUGGACCAGCUGGAGAGACUGGAAGCUCUGGCUCUUGAGCUCGGAAAAGGCCAUUAUCAUUACAACGCCCCACCUAAGUACUACAGUUAUGUUGGAGCAGAAUUCAUCUGUGCCGUGCAGCCCAUCCUGAAGGAGAGGUGGACAGCUGAGCUGGAGGAGGCAUGGAAGACCAUGUUCCAGUAUUUGACCAGCCUCAUGACGCAGGGAUACCAGGAGGAGAGCCACCGACAGCGCCACCUAGCAGUCUCCCCAAAAGAAAGACCGGACAAGAGGAACACAGCACUAUGAGACGCUACUUCUCUCAAAACACAGCUCAAGACUGUUUUUCCAGAUCACAGAAAUGUGUUUUGUGUAAAUAGUGUAUUUACUGUCUACUUUUCUACAUCGCUUGUCAUUGUUUACCAUUUUAUCCCAAUGGACAAAACCAAAACAGUGAUUUUUAACAAAGCACUUUAUUUCUGAACUUAAACUCUGCUGCAGGAUUCAGGAGCGCAACAAGACAAUACAAAUAUUUGACAAAAUAUUCUGGUUGUAGUUAAAUCUGCUUUGUAAUUGUGAGGAAUACUUGCUCUCUGUAUUCAUAACUCAAAAUCAAUGCCUUUCAGUAAAUCUACAAUUUAACGUG